UGUCGCUGUCUGUCUUGGGGCCACGCUCCCCGGGCUCCAUCUGUCCAGCGGGCUCACUGUGGCGGCCGUGGACCGCUGCCCCCCAACUCCCAAGGAUCCCAGGGUCAGACAUCUCCAUGACGACCAGGGCCCUGCAGGAGCUGGAUGGAGGCCUGGGCAGCUGCCAAGGCGAGGACCUCUCCAUGCUGGCCGAUCCCUGCCCUGAGCAGCCCCAGGAGGGCAGGGCUCGAGCGACGCCCAGGCUGGCCGACUCUAGCAGCUGGCCCCAUGUUUCUCAAGCUGAGGGCAGCCCUCCAGGCAGUGUGGAUGCCAGGCCCAAGAAGACAGAAAAGGAGCCUGUGGCCAAAGUGGUCCCAGGACCCGGCAAAGAGAGGCUGAAAGCAGGAGCAACGCCCCGGAGCCCCGUGCGCAGGAAGGCACAGGCCUCGCCACCCCCGCAGCGGCUACCGCCACCCCCAGCUCCGGCCCUGAGUGAUGAGCUGCCCUGGGGAGACCUGUCCCUCAACAAGUGUCUGGUGCUGGCCUCAUUCGUGGCGCUGCUGGGGUCAGCCUUCCAGCUGUGCCGUGAUGCUGUGGCUGGGGAAGCGGACAUCCCUGCACCUGUCCCUGAGCCAUGGGUACCGCCCAGCUCAGCCCCGGAGCCAGCAGCAGCCCUGCUGCAGCCGAAGCCCAAGGCCUGGGCGCCCCCAUUAGGACCGCCCGCACCCCAGGCGGAGGAGGAGAAGGAGGCGGCGGCGGCGGCGGCGGAGGAGGAGGCUGAGGUUCCCGGAAGACGGGAGGGUGCGGACAGCGCUGCUGGGGAGAAGCGCGGGCCCAAGGAGCCUCCGCGGAAGGAGAGGCCUCGCAAGGAGAGGCCGCUGAGGGAGGAGCGGCCGCGGAAGGAGAAGCCGUGGAAGGAGGAGCGGCCUCGGAAGCAGGAGAAGCCACGGGCCGCCAGGGAACCCCGAGGAGCCCUACCCCGGCGCUGGGAGGUGCGCGAAGGGGGCCACCGCCACUGGGCGCAGGACUCCCGAGACCCGGGACAGAAAAGGAGACAAGCCUGGGACUCCCUGCGGCGCCCCGACGAGGACCGGCCUCCAGGCCGCCAGAAGCACCGGGCGGGCAAGGGGCGGGACUGAGCCAGGCCUGGGUCCUGGGACCCAAUCUCGGAACCGCCCCCCUCGCCGUGCGUGGCCCCGAGG